AUGACCGUCUGGGAUGCGCAGGCGGACUCUUCUAUGGAUCGAGGGAGUCCACAACUCUCUCGAGACAUGCAACUACCCGAGGGGUUCCACUCCGUCGAAUGCAAGCGCGACAGCGAGACAACGCAAGAGAUCAAACAGGGCAUGCCUACGGCCCUCCAACCGCUUCCCAUGACUGCUUCAGCAGCAGAAAGGUCUGCCGCCACCCUCGCCAAUGCCCAAGGGCCUGGAGAGUCUCCCCUCGUACACUCUGCAGAGGAUUCCUCAACACCUGCCCUCCAAAGCGCGAGCGGCGACUCCUCCUGCCACGCACAGCAGGAUUCUUCCCUCUCAUGGGAGGCUCCAGACACCGAUAUCUCCCCGAGCGACCCCGACAACCCUUGCAGGCGCAUUGGGGAGGCCCCCUACGGCCCCCUAGGCCGCUGCCGGAAGAGACAAAGAGAACGUGUACUAGGGGAAAAGUUCGCAGAUCCGUUUCCAGCAGCGCCAUCCGCAGCGCACUCGACAGGAGGGGAAGCGUUCGGUGUUCGAGGGGAAAAGCGGUUCAGGGCAGGUCCUUCGCGUCAGACACACAGCAGCCUGAUGCACCCGCGUUCCCGGUUUUCUGGGGGCCCCCUGAAUUUUGUUGCGCUAUCAGAGAAAGUACCGGCUCUGAGAAACUUUUUUCUCAUCUCGCCGUCAGGCCGCGUGUCUUUCGAUUUUCGGACCCGGGAGGCGCAACUACAGCUCUGUGUGGCCCUCUUCAAGUGCAUUUACAACCUGACCUUCUCCCUCCCACUAGAAGACAACUUUUUGAUUCCUACUCUCCCUAACAGAAGCAACUAUAUCCACUUCUUGGCCGACCUCCUUUCUGCAACGGAGGGACUUGGAACCCCACAAGGGCACCCCAUCCCGGGGGGGGAAGCGUACAUUCUCCGGGAGGCCCUUGAAGAGGAUUCUUCUGGCCCCUUGAAGGCUCCAACGGCCAACGAGCCAUCUCAGGAUGCGACCCUCGGGGAGGAAUUCACUGGUGCCUCAAAACAAACUAAGCACCCUCCGAGAGGGCCCCAGGUGUGGAUAUUGGAUGUAGGCGUGGGUGCAAACUGCGUCUAUCCACUCCUAGGUGUUGCAGAUUAUGGCUGGUCCUUCGUUGGUUCCGAUAUAUCCGAGGCCUCGCUCUCGGUUGCGACAGCGAACGUUGUGGCGAAUGGCUAUGAAGGGCGCAUCAAACUGCAGCUGCAGAAGGAGCGCAACUGCAUUUUUCAGGGGCUGUUAAACGGUGGCGACCCUUUGUUUGCUGCCUCUGUAUGUAACCCGCCAUUCUACAUCAGCGAAGAAGCCAUUGGUAUCAACCCUAAACGCCAGAAGGCUGGAAAUGCUCACGAGCUGGUCUGUGAGGGCGGAGAGACUGCCUUCCUCUCUGCCAUGUACACGGAAAGCAAGCGGUUUGCUUCGCAUUUCAUCUGGUUCACGACACUUGUUGCCAGGGCAUCCACUAGGGACUCGAUGAAGCGGGUGUUGCACGAGGGCAUGAGGAAAACGUGCAAGCGGCAACAGGAGCUUAUGCAGGCCCAAGCCGAGGAAUGGCUAUCAGCCAACAGCGAGCAUGGAGACUCUUACAGCGCAAACCCUAGCAACAGCAGCAACAAUGCUGACAAGAACGUGGAGGAUGUGGAGAUGCAUCCACGAGAGCUGAGGAUCUUUGAGUUGUCUCAGGGGAAGCAAACGCGUUGGGUGGUCUGCUGGACGUAUUGGACCAGGGAACAACGAGCUUUGCUGCGUCCAAUUUUAUAUCCCAAGCCAAGUACCUAA